CGGUAGAAACAUUUUCGAAUUUCUAUUUCUCCGUCGUCGUGGAUGUAUAAGGUCAUAUAUCCAACGAUAAUAACAGGGCUUCUCGUCCUUUUCACCUCCGUUAUGCUAAGCCUAUUCUCCAAAUCUUGGGAUCCCAAAAGCAAGCACUGUUAUGUGACUGGGGGUUCGUCUGGCCUGGGUCUUGCCGUAGCAAAAUUACUGGUGUCAAAGGGAGCACAUGUAUCGAUUGUGUCGAGAGAUGCACGGAGAUUGGAAAAUGCAAUGAAGGAGCUCGAGGCUGUCCGUACAUCUCCUCACCAAAUCCUCAGGUACUACUCAUACGACCUUGUUACGGCUGCCGGUUCACGCGAGGCUCUUGACGCUGUUUGCGAACCUCACCAAGGGAAGAACCCCGAUGCCAUAUUCAUGCUGGCCGGCUCCUGCCAUCCGCGCUUUUUCAUUGAAGAAACAGAGGAAACGAUGAGAACACAGAUGGACCAGACAUACUGGGUGCAGGCGUGGACUGCUCUAGAAGCCUCCAAACGCAUGGUUCGCGACAAAUCCAAGGGGAAAAUUGUAUUCCAUUCAGCCUACAUUGGAUAUAUCACACUUAUUGGGUAUGCUGCCUAUGGUCCAGGAAGGAUGGCUCUAAGAGCACUUGCGGACACUCUUCGUCAAGAAUUCCUCUUAUACGACAUCGACGUCCAUAUUGCUUUCCCUGGAACAAUGUACACACCUGGUUAUGACAUUGAGAAUGCUACUAAGCCCAAAAUUACUCUCAAGAUCGAAGAAACGGAUCCUGGUGUGACGGGAGACCAAUAUGCCAAGGGUUUACUGCGAGGAGUUCAGAAUGGUGACUUUCACAUAUCGCCGGAUUUACUAGGAAAUAUCUUCCGUGCUUCCAUGAGAGGUGUUGCUCCGUCAGGAAAUUUCAUAGUGGACUCCUUAUGGAACUUCAUCGGUUGGAUUGGUCUCCCGAUUUGGCGUAUGUCCGUUGACUCUACCGUGAAAGGACACAAAAAGGAGCACGAAGAGUACCUUACGAGCAAGGGUUUCUGUAUGUUUUGUCUCAAUGCCGGUGAAGCAGGACUACAUACUGAUCAAAUUUGAAAGAUUCCUCGGAUACCAAGUCAUCGACAUUGUCGUAGUUACCUAUCUCUAGAAUGACUUUCUUCUAACACCGGAUAUAGCCAUUAUACUUUCAUUUAUCAUACGUGCUAUUUACUUCGUAUGACAUAAUCCACUGGCAAAUUGUAAUAUGGAUC